AUGAUUGAUAGCACACUAAUUGAAGAGCUCGGCUUACGUGGCCGGACUGAACGCUUGAACCUACAGUGGUUCGGAGGACGUGCCGCUCAGGAGUCGGCCAUGGUGGUAGAUCUACUCGUGAGUGGUGCCGGUAUGCAAAAGAGACAUAAGUUACGAAGGGUUUAUGGUGUUUCAAACUUGCAGCUGCCUUCUCAGAGUCUGAAUAAAUCCGAUUUGCGUUGCCAUGAAAGCCAAUUGAAUAAGCUGGCAGUUGAACCAUACGCACAAGUCAAGCCAAAGCUGCUAAUCGGACUCGACCACUGCCACCUCGGUUUGCCGUCAACUACAAUGCAGCUAAACAAGUGUGGGCCAUUCGCUGCGAAUACUGAGCUAGGAUGGGUUGUAUUUGGGCCAACAAUGAACUCCGAUCCAUCAUUGCCAUCAUGCUUAUUCGUUAACUGCCACACUGAUCAAUCUCUACAUAAUAUGGUUGCUGAAUACUUCGAGACGGAAAGCUUUGGGGUUCGAGCUGCACCUAUCAUGGAGAGUGAAGCUGACGUCCGUGCUCGGGAAAUCUUGAAGUCUACUACAUGCCGUGUUGAAGGAAGGUACCAGACUGGUCUGCUCUGGAAACGUUCCGACAUACAGCUACCUGCCAGCUAUUCUAUGGCUUUGAAAAGAUUAGCGGGUGUUGAAGCAAAAAUGAGGCGCGAUACAGACUUUGCCGCUGAAUAUAACCGCAUCAUAAGUUCUUACGUCAUGAAGGACUACGCACGAAAGCUGUCGCCAGAAGAAGCCGCUUUAACUUGCAAUAGAACAUGGUACCUGCCUCAUUUUGCCGUGAAGAAUCCAAAUAAGCCAGGCAAGUUACGCAUGGUGUUCGACGCAGCUGCUGAGGUGGACGGUGUGUCCCUUAAUUCACAGCUUAUGAAGGGUCCGCAAGAGUAUCGGUCUUUGCCUGCUAUACUAUUCCACUUUCGGGAAGGAGCAACGGGCGUGUGUGGGGACAUCAAAGAGAUGUUUCACCAGGUGCUGGUUCAACGUGACGACAGAUGUGCGCAACGAUUUCUUUGGCGCCAAGGUGAUACUACCAGACAGCCCGAGGUAUAUGAGAUGCGCGUAAUGACCUUUGGAGCAGCAUGUUCGCCUUGCGCCGCCAAUUAUGUGAAGACGAUCAAUGCGUUGGAGUAUGGCAACAAAGUCAAGGGUGCUACCCGAGCCGUGAAAUCGAUACUGGACUACCAUUAUGUCGAUGACUAUGUCGAUAGCUUUGACACAGAGGAAGAAGCAGCUGACAUAACGAAACAAGUUCGCGCAAUACAUAAGAUGGCCGGUUUCGAUCUUUGUAAUUUCGCGUCAAACUCAUUAAGAGUGACAGAAGCACUUAGUGGUGACGGGAAUAUCCGUCAAAUAGCAAAUAAAGAAGGAGUACUGGUGGACAGAGUCCUCGGUUUGUUUUGGCAGGCAUCAACCGACACUUUUGGGUUUAAACUGAGAUUCAACAACGUAGAUUCCAACGUUUUGGACGGAGGGCGCCGUCCGACGAAGCGAGAACUUCUCAGUGUGGUCAUGUCGAUCUUCGACCCGCUGGGCUUUCUUAGCAACUUUGUAGUGAGCGCUAAGAUCCUCAUGCGGGAAGUGUGGAAGAAUGACAUCCGGUGGGACGAGCCACUGCCAAACAACGUAAACACCGCAUGGGAAGGAUGGCGUAAACAACUGCCAAUGGUCGCCGAAUAUACCGUCCCUCGGCACUAUUAUCGAAAUGGGAAACCUGAAGUUUUGCAGCUCCAUGUUUUCGUCGACGCCAGCGAGGAUGCCUUUGCCGCGGUAGCCUACUGGAGGUCAACUAAUGCCGCCGGUGAGGUUGAAGUCGCAUUUAUAUCUGCAAAAACUAAAUGCGCGCCGAUGAAGUCAUUGACGGUCCCUCGAUUGGAGCUUCAGGCAGCUGUAUUGGGUACGCGUUUGCUGAAUUGCCUACGAGAGGAGCACUCCUUGCACAUCGAUGACUGCGUCAUUUGGAGUGACUCCAAAACAGUGAUCCAGUGGCUUCGAAGUGAACAUCGACGCUAUAAGCCAUUUGUGCAGCAUCGGAUCGCCGAGAUAUUAGCCACAACUACUACUGCAAACUGGAGAUGGCUACCUACCGAGCACAAUGUCGCUGAUGAGGCUACUCGAGCUAAUAACUUUGUCGACUUCAGCUCGUCCGCCCGUUGGUCCUGCGGCCCACCAUUUUUGUUACGAGAAGAGCAGUAUUGCCCGACAGAGAGCUCUACAUGCAAUCAUCAUGAGGAAGCUGACAAGGAACUACGUCCUAAAUUCGCCCUUGCAAUCGUAAGCUGUACGUUUCUAGACUAUAACCGAUUCUCUACAUUCAGUAAACUGGUGAGAACGACAGCAUGGGUCCUGCGAUUCAUUGACGUUUGCCGCCGCCGUAAACCGCCAGACCGAGGCUAUGGGUUGACUGCCAAAGAAGUUGAGACUGCUAAGCUUUGUUUGUGCCGCCUCGUACAACGCGGUGAAUACGCCGAAGAGUUUCAGCACAUCGAAAGCGGUCGCAACCUGCCACGCACCAGUUCGCUCAUUCAACUUUCGCCGUAUAUAGACGAAGAUGGUGUUCUUCGUGUACGAGGACGCAUAGAAGCUGCCAGCUGGCUCCCAAUAAGCGCGAGACGCCCUAUCAUACUACCGCCAAAGCAUUGUUUCUCAAAUCUGGUCGCCAUGCACUACCACGUCAAAAUGCAUCAUCAAAAUCUAGAAGCCACUAUUUGUGAGAUACGUCGCCUUUAUUGGGUACCACGCCUCAGGAGUUUGGUGCGCAGUAUAGUCGCCAAUUGCGCCAUUUGUCGCUUAAGAAAAAUCCAUGCCGUAUCGCCAUUGAUGGGCCCUCUUCCGAUUGAUAGACUCACUCCUUAUGUCAGGCCAUUCAGCUAUACGGGCCUUGAUUACUUUGGACCGAUAACAGUAACUGUUCGCCGCGCCAACGAAAAAAGAUGGGUGGCGUUAUUUACGUGCCUGACAGUCAGGGCUGUGCAUCUGGAGUUGGCUCAUGACCUCAGCACUGACUCAUGCAUAAUCGUAUUGCGCAACUUUAUAAAUCGUCGCGGCGUUCCCGUACGUGUGAGGUCCGAUAAUGGGAAGAACUUCGUCGGUGCUGACAUGGAAGCAAAGCGCUUCAGUGAAGUCUUCGAUUGCAAUCGCCUGCAGGGUGAGCUAUGGCAAAGGGGCGUAGAGUGGAUUUUUAACUCGCCUUUCAACCCGGCAGAGGGGGGCGCUUGGGAACGAUUGGUGCAGUGCGUAAAGAGAGUACUACGAUGCACUUUGAAGGAAACGUCGCCACGGGAGCACACGCUCAACUGCUUCCUAAUCGAGGCGGAAAAUAUUGUGAAUUCUCGGCCGUUGACGCACUUGCCCAUCUAUGUCAACCAGGAGCAGCCGCUGACUCCAAAUGACUUCCUUCUCGGUGAAGCCAACACACCGCGAACACCGAUUGCCAGCGAAGUUCUGGAAACCAAAUGCUUUCUUCGACAACAGUGGCGUCUUGCUCGACAACUAAGGGACCAUUUUUGGAAACGAUGGAUAGCGGAAUACCUUCCGACAUUGACACGCCGGGUGAAGUGGUGCCAAAGAACAAAACCUCUGCAGAUAGAUGACCUCGUCUUCAUAUGCGACCCAAAUAUAUCUCGUCGAGACUGGUGUCGAGGCAAGGUGGAACGUUUGUAUGCAGGAGCGGAUGGUGAGGUCAGACGAGCUGACGUACGCACUUCGAGUGGAUUAAAGCGCCGUGCCGUCUCCAAAUUGGCAGUUCUGGACGUUGAUGAUGGUGAAUCGGGUUGA